AAUAUCCAUUCUGUCUCCCCUAGUGGAGGAACGGCGGGUUUACAAUGACAAAUACAAAAUCAGGGAUGAGCGCCAUGUCUGAUCCCGUCGCUGUAGGACGCAGAAAGGGAUAGAGGAGUCUAUCGCGCGCCACUCGCGGGGACGGGUCCUCUCGAGGCUCGGUUAACGGGAUGUCCGAGAGCGCCGGGGUCCAGCAGGGAUCCCCGGCCGUGGGAGCAGCGGGCUCCGCUCCAGCGGCUCCCGGUGCUGGGGGAACGCAGUGCUCAGGCGCCGCUGCAGGGUCCGCUCGAAUCGCCGUGAAGAAGGCGCAGCUGCGCUCCUCUCCGCGUCCAAAGAAACUGGAGAAACUCGGCGUGUAUUCCGCCUGCAAGGCAGAGGGUGGGGGGUGCAAGUGCAAUGGAUGGAAGAGCCAGAACCCCCCGCCCACCCCCCCGCGCGGAGACCAGCCCCCCCCCUCCGCCAGCCUGGCCCAAGCCUGCCGCGGCUGCAGCCACGCCCUGGCGGAUCAUGUGACCCACCUGGAGAAGGUGUCGGAGGACGAGGUGAACCGGCUGCUGGGCAUUGCUCUGGACGUGGACUACCUGUACACCUGCGUGCAUAAGGAGGAGGACGCAGACACCAAACAGGUGUACUUCUCCCUGUUUAAGCUGCUGAAGAAGUGCAUUCUGCAGAUGGGGAAGCCGGUGGUGGAGGGUGCGCUGGAGACCCCCCCAUUUGAGAAGCCCAGCAUCGAGCAGGGGGUGAAUAACUUUGUCCAGUACAAGUUCAGCCACCUUCCCUCCAAGGAGAGGCAGACGAUCGUGGAGCUGGCCAAGAUGUUCCUGAGCCAGAUCAACUACUGGCAGCUGGAGACACCAUCACAACGCCGUCAGAGACCGCCCGGGGACGACGCCGCGGGCUACAAGGUCAACUACACCAGGUGGCUGUGUUACUGUAACGUGCCUCAGUUCUGUGACUCUCUCCCGCGCUAUGAGACCACGCAGAUCUUCGGGCGCACACUGCUGCGCUCUGUCUUCACCGUCAUGAGGAAGCAGCUCCUGGACCAGGCCCGGCAGGAGAAGGACAAACAAGCUCCAGAGAAACGCACGCUCAUACUCACACACUUCCCCAAGUUCCUGUCCAUGCUGGAGGAGGAGGUGUACAGUCAUAGCUCCCCCAUCUGGCGGGAGGAGUUUCCUGCGGGCUCCAGCGGGGGGCAGAUGCACACAGUGGUGAGUGCGCCCCCUGUGGCACACCCCCCACCCUACAGCUGCAGCCCCCUGCCCCCAGACCCCUCGGCCAGCGGCAGAGCCAGCCCCGCCUGCAAGCCCUCCUCCUCCUCCUGCUCGCUGGAGCACAGUCCAGCAGGGGAGAAGCGGAAGGCUCUGGAAGCCCUCCCUCAGGAGGAGAGCAAGCGGCCGCGGGUGGUGGGGGACAUCCCCAUGGAGCUGAUCAACGAGGUCAUGUCCACCAUCACCGACCCCGCCUCCCUGCUGGGGCCCGAGACCAGCCUGCUGUCUGCCCACUCUGCGCGGGACGAGGCGGCGCGCCUGGAGGAGCGGCGGGGGGUGAUAGAGUUCCACGUCAUCGGGAACUCGCUCAGCCAGAAGCCCAGCGAGAAGAUGCUGAUGUGGCUGGUGGGCCUGCAGAACGUCUUCUCACACCAGCUGCCACGCAUGCCCAAGCAGUAUAUCACCCGGCUGGUGUUCGACCCGAAACACAAGACGCUGUCGCUGGUGAAAGAUGGGCGGGUGAUCGGUGGGAUCUGCUUCCGGAUGUUUCCGUCUCAGGGCUUCAGCGAGAUCGUCUUCUGCGCAGUCACCUCCAACGAGCAGGUCAAGGGCUACGGCACACACCUGAUGAAUCACCUGAAAGAGUAUCACAUCAAACACGACAUCCUCAACUUCCUCACCUAUGCGGACGAGUACGCCAUCGGCUACUUCAAGAAACAGGGUUUCUCCAAAGACAUUAAGGUUCCCAAGGCCAAGUACGUGGGCUACAUUAAGGACUAUGAAGGAGCAACUCUGAUGGGCUGUGAGCUCAACCCCUGCAUCCCCUACACAGAGUUCUCUGUCAUCAUCAAGAAACAGAAGGAGAUCAUUAAGAAGCUGGUGGAGCGGAAGCAGGCUCAGAUUCGGAAGGUGUACCCCGGUCUCUCCUGUUUUAAGGAGGGGGUUCGGCAGAUCCCCAUCGAGAGCAUCCCCGGCAUAUGGGAAACUGGCUGGAAACCUGCUGGAAAAGGGAAGGAGAUGAAGGACCCAGACCAGCUUUACACCCUGCUGAAAAACAUCCUCCAGCAUGUUAAGGGACACCAGAACGCCUGGCCCUUCAUCGAGCCGGUGAAGAAGACUGAAGCCCCAGGGUACUACCAGGUCAUCCGCUUUCCCAUGGACCUGAAGACGAUGAGCGAGCGGUUGAAGAGCCGGUACUACAGCACCAGGAAGCUGUUCAUGGCCGACAUGCAGCGCAUCUUCACCAACUGCCGCGAGUACAACCCCCCCGAGAGCAAGUACUACAAGUGCGCAAACCUUCUGGAGAAGUUCUUCUACACCAAGAUCAAGGAGGCCGGGCUGAUCGACAAGUAACGGAGUCCGCUCUGAGCGCAGAACCUGGAACCUGGAACCAGAACCAGAACUGGAGCCCAGUUUUUCCCGCCCAAACACAGACUGAGCUGUUCCCUUCUCCUUGUUGUUUUUAGCGAAUGGGCUUCGGACGCAGAUCCAGUGUGAGCUAGCACUGGAGUGAGCGCCAUUUUCGCUCUCUCUCUCUCUCUCUCGCUCUCUCUUUUAUUCUCUCUUUCUCUGUCCGCUAACUCAGGAAAAACAGACACGCCCACAGAACAAGCAUCGCAGGUGACUGAGCUCGGAGCUCGGAGCGCUGAGGAGGCAGGUCCGGAAUAGUGGCAUUCCGAUUGGGAACGCUGUGCUGGGAUUAACACUCUGAAUAACACUCUGCCUGGUCGAACCGCUAUCACCAUGGAAACGGGACUCUGUGGUCCACAGUAGUGUGUGUGUGUGUGUGUGUGUGAGUGAGAGUGUGUGUGUGAGUGAGUGAGUGAGAGUGAGAGAGUGUGUGAGUGAGUGAGAGUGUGUGUGAGUGUGUAUGUGUGUGAGUGUGUGAGAGUGAGUGAGAGUGGGUGAGUGAGUGUGUAUGUGUGUGAGUGUGUGUGUGUGUGUGUGUAUGUGUGUGAGUGUGUGUGUGUAUGUGUGUGAGUGUGUGUGUGUAUGUGGGUGUGUGUGUGUGAGUGUGAGUGUGUGUGUGUGUGUGAGUGUGAGUGUGUGUGUGUGUGUAUGUGUGUGAGUGUGUGAGAGUGAGUGAGAGUGUGGGUGAGUGAGUGUGUAUGUGUGUGAGUGUGUGUGUGUGUAUGUGUGUGAGUGUGU